CUCUGAGAAGUUGGGGGUGGUUUGGUUUGUGUUGGGUCAGGCCUGUGAUUGGACUGCAGAAUCCGCUAGGGAGGAGGAAAGCAGAAGAAAAUGCAAGGAGCCAAGGAGAGGAGGAGGGUUGCCCUCCCCACCCUUACCCCCACCCCAGUGCACACUCACCCAGGCCUGCAAGAGGGUGCAGCCACUAGCCUGGAGAGGAUCAGUGUGUGUGAAGGGUGAUAAUAACAGAUGGACCCAAGGAACUCUCUACCCCACAUCGACCUGCAAGGCCUCCAGGGGCCGGCUUGCCAACAGCUGGACUUGAUCACUGGCUUGCAAAGUGAGAUCACGCAUCUGGUGGAAUAACAAGCAGGCUUUGCUCUCUGGCUGUUUGUGGAGGAUUUUCACAGCAGUGGCUAGAAAGUGGGAGACUGCUACCUGGACCCUUGAGUUUUCUUGGAGAAGCACAGCACAGGAGAUUCCACCCCUGGGUGAUUUGCAGGACAAUGGUGGCCCUUCAGCAAGCAUCUGCUUUCCUGGUUCUGUUCCUUGCAGCUCUCCUGCUCCCUCCACAGUGUGCCCAGGACCCAGCCAUGGUGCACUACAUCUACCAGCGCUUUCAAGUCUUGGAGCAAGGACUGGAAAAAUGUACCCAAGCAACGAGGGCAUACAUUCACGACUUCCAAGAGUUCUCAAAAAACCUAUCCGUUAUGCUGGGAAGAUGUCAGACCUCCACCAGUGAGUAUAGGAGUGCAGUGGCUAACCUGGCCCUGAGAGUCGAACGUGCCCAGCGCGAGAUAGACUACCUGGAGUACCUGCGGGAAGCUGACAUAUGCCUGGAAUCAGAGGACAAGACCCUGGCAGAAAAGCUCAUCCAAGAGGCCGAAGAAGAGAAAAAGAUCCGGACUCUGCUGAAUGCAAGCUGUGACAACAUGUUGAUGGGCAUAAAGUCUCUGAAAAUAGUGAAGAAGACUAUGGAUACACAUGGCUCUUGGAUGAAAGAUGCUGCCAGCAGUUCCCAAAAGGUUUAUUUCCUAAUCGGAUCCAGAAACAAAACUCUGUGGGAAUUUGCAAACAUGCGGGCAUUCAUGGAGGAUAGCACCAAGCCAGCCCCACGGAAGCUCAUCCUAACGCAUUCCUGGCAGGGAACAGGCCAAGUGAUCCACAAAGGUUUUCUGUUUUUUCACAACCAAGGGACUCUCAAUGAGAUAAUCAAAUAUAAUCUGCAGAAGAGGACUGUGGAAGAUCGAAUGCUGCUCCCGGGAGGGGCAGGCCGAGCGCUGGUCUACCAGCACUCCCCGUCAACAUACAUUGACCUGGCUGUGGAUGAGCAUGGGCUCUGGGCCAUCCACGCAGGGCCAGGCAUCUCUGGCCAUUUGGUUCUCACAAAAAUUGAACCUGGCACACUGGGAGUGGAACACUCAUGGGACACCCCAUGCAGAAGCCAGGAUGCCGAAGCCGCAUUCCUUUUGUGUGGGGUUCUCUAUGUGGUCUAUAGUUCUGGUGGCCAUGGCCCCCAUCGUGUCACUUGUGUCUAUGAUCCGCUGGGCACUAUCGGUGAGGAGGAUCUGCCCAAACUGUUCUUCCCCAGGAGGCCGAGAAGUCAUUCCGUGAUCCAUUACAACCCCAGAGAUAAGCAGCUCUAUGCCUGGAAUGAUGGAAACCAGAUCAUUUACAAACUCCAGACAAAGAGGAAAGCAACCUCUGGAGUAAUGCGUUUACAGCAAGGAGGAAAGGCACUGUGGCUGUGGACACUGCUCUCCAGGACAUUGAGGCCACAGCCCCUUUAUACUAUCAUGUCCCUCUGAUCACAGACAGGCAUAGGGUGUAGAAGCAGGCUUGCAUAUGCAUCCUUCCCCGGAUGUUAUGGCCUGAGGUGUUUUCCAAGACCUUAGAUGAGAGUCUGUCAUUCAGACAUUUUCUACUUCCAUCACCCGUCCAAACCUCCGGGCUCUCUAGGCCUUCCACAUUCUGAUCCAGCUUACGUCCAUCCUUUUCUUUGCUCCCCUCAGCCAGCAAUUAGAAAUGAAGGCCACUGCCUAGUACUCCUGGCUUCCUUCCUGGCCUUUCCUGAAGCUCUUUCCUCUUUCAUAAAUACCUGUCGAUAUUCUUCCAUCUGUCAGUGCCCCACUAAAGUACAAUCUUUUCCUGAUGUUGAAUCUCCACUUGCCCUAGUUCUGCCCCGCCACCAAGCUAAGUAGAUAAAAUAGUGAAGCAAAACCAUUCACAUGUGAAUACCACUUGCUGGUUACAAAGUGUUUGCACCUAUGUACGUCAUUUAAUCCCCAUCCCAUGUCUUCUUCUGAGACAUACAGAAGUCUUUAUAAUUGCCAGCUUAGAGAUGAGAAAAGUUGAGGUGAGCCAAAGUAACACAGCCACAAAAUGAAAAUAGGGCUAGAAAAUAGUCUUUCCAUUGCCCAAGGAAGCAUUGAAUAUGUGUGUUUGUUCACCCAACCUUUUGUAAGCAAUACGUUCAUCAUUUCAUCCUAAAAAUAAUGAUCUGCCCCCUUUGGCCAUUUUUCAUGUCUGCACAAGACAUUCCUAUAAGCCCUUCAAAAGCUACUUCCCCCAGAAAACCAGCCUAAGGGUGAGGACCCCCGCUGUAGCCUCAUCUUGUUUUGCCUUCCCCUGUGUCUCUUUUCUUGCUAGAAACACAAUAAAACUGACACGAAGCAAAUAA